AUGAAUACGAGAAGAAGAUCUUUCCGUGAGCAGCCACCACCGGCAGCUAUGGCGCGAUUCGACGCGCUGAGAGACGCACUCUAUCUGGCGGAGCAGCAUGAGCAAUCGCGGAUCCAGCGCCAACAAAACAUGAGAGAAGAUCUCCCUCUGAUGAGUUCACACAUCCAGAAUGAAGCCGGGGCUUCAGCACCAGCGGCACAGGCUUCAAUAGAAGCACUGCCAAUUGUUAAAAUUAUAGAAGAGGAAAGUGAAUGUGCAAUUUGCUUGUUGGAGUUUCAAGUUGAGGAAAAAGCUAAAAAGAUGCCAUGUAAACAUCAUUAUCAUUCAAAUUGCAUUAACCGGUGGUUGGAGAUACACGGUUCCUGUCCUGUUUGCAGGUACAAGAUGCCUGCGGCUGCCGGAACAAGACAGACCCUGAUAGAGAGUAUUACAAGUGUUGGUGGUAGUAUUAAUGAGUCGGAUGAACAAAUAGAUAUAUACACUGAGAGCAUCUUAGGUUGUGUUUUUUAUUCUGUUUAUGUUGGUUUACUGUUUAUGCUAUCUAGUUAA